CGGCCCUGUGGCCAUGGCCCCAGUACAUCCAAACCUCCGAGCAGAGCUACGCCAUCUUCCCGCACACCUUCCAAUUCCAGUACCACGUCAGUUCGGCCGCGCAGGAGGAUACACAGCAGAAGGAAGAACUUGGUGAUUUUAAAAAUGAAACAAAAUACAAAUAAAACGUCUAAGCCCCAGAGCUGCCCUUCCUCCCAUCUCCUUCCACUCCACUUCCUCACCUCCACACAGGAGAGUGAAGCAGGGCAGCUUUUUCCAGUUGAUACCUUCUUUUUUGAUUCGUUUUUGUUUUUAACAGCAGGAAAAUGGCAUAUGUCAGAGAAGAAUUCGUUGGUUAUCCUUGUUGUCACUCCUGGAUGUGACCAGUUUCCUUCUUUGGAGUCUGUGGAGAAUUACACCCUGACCGUAAAUGAUGAGCAGUGUUUCCUCCUCUCAGAGACUGUCUGGGGCGCCCUCCGAGGUCUGGAGACUUUUAGCCAGCUUAUUUGGAGAUCUCCUGAGGGCACGUUCUACAUCAACAAGACGGAGAUUGAGGACUUCCCCCGCUUCCCUCACCGGGGCUUGUUGUUGGAUACGUCUCGCCAUUACCUGCCACUGGCUAGCAUCCUGGACACUCUGGAUGUCAUGGCGUACAAUAAAUUCAACGUGUUCCACUGGCAUCUGGUCGAUGACCCUUCCUUCCCAUAUGAGAGCUUCACUUUUCCAAACCUCACCAAAAAGGGGUCCUACAACCCUGCCACCCACAUCUACACAGCACAGGAUGUGAAGGAGGUGAUUGAAUAUGCGCGGCUUCGGGGUAUCCGUGUGUUGGCAGAGUUCGACACUCCCGGCCACACUCUGUCAUGGGGACCAGGUGUCCCUGGAUUAUUAACUCCUUGCUACUCUGGGUCUCACCCUUCUGGCACCUUUGGGCCAGUGAAUCCCGCUCUCAACAAUACCUAUGAGUUCAUGAGCACGUUCUUCUUGGAGAUCAGCUCUGUCUUCCCAGAUUUUUAUCUUCACCUUGGAGGAGAUGAGGUUGACUUCACCUGCUGGAAGUCCAACCCAGAUAUCCAGGCCUUUAUGAAGAAGAAAGGCUUUGGUGACGACUUCAAGAAGCUGGAGUCCUUCUACAUCCAGACGCUGCUGGACAUCGUCUCUGCCUAUGGCAAGGGCUACGUGGUGUGGCAGGAGGUGUUUGAUAAUAAAGUAAAGGUUCAGCCAGACACAGUCAUCCAGGUAUGGCGAGAAAAGAUGCCUGUAAGGUACACGAAGGAGAUGGAACUGGUCACCAGUGCCGGCUUCCGGGCCCUGCUCUCUGCCCCCUGGUACCUGAACCACAUAACUUAUGGCCCUGACUGGAAGAAUAUCUACAUGGUGGAGCCACUGGCAUUUGAAGGUAGCCCUGAGCAGAAGGCUCUGGUGAUCGGCGGAGAGGCCUGUAUGUGGGGAGAGUAUGUGGACAGCACAAACCUGGUCCCCAGGCUCUGGCCUAGAGCAGGGGCUGUUGCCGAGAGGCUGUGGAGCAACAAGAUGCUGACCAACCUGGACUUUGCCUAUAAACGUUUGGCACACUUCCGCUGUGAGCUGCUGAGGCGGGGUGUCCAGGCCCAGCCCCUCAGCGUAGGCUACUGUGACGUGGAGUUUGAACAAACCUGAGCAAGUACCCCAGGCACCGAGGAGGGUGCUGGCCCUAGGAGAGCGGUAGCGGGGCCAGGCUUCCACUGUACCGCCCCCCCCAGGGGACGGGGCCCCUUGCCUACGUGCCUGUGUGCCUGGAGACAAGGGGGCUGGUGUUGGUGCUGGUGUCCAAUAAAGAGUGAUGUGGUGUUUUUCUAUAAUGAA